AACGGGGGAAAAAACGGUUUGACAAGUCGAGUGCUGUUGCAUGCUGGGUACGAGACUUGGGUUCCUACGUGGCAUCGCUCUAUUUCCGGUAGCGUCGACGACGUUCCGGGUUUGGGUGUUUCUGUCCACAAGAACCGGCGUUUGGCAGACUUUAGUGAUCGAAGGCGUUGAGUAGUAAUGGCGAACUACCAGCAGGCCGUGCCCCAGCAGACGUACCAGGACUACAUCCAGCAGAACGAGGACCGGGAUGGGAUCAGGCUCAGCUGGAACGUCUGGCCCUCCAGCCGCCUGGAGGCCACCAGAAUGGUCGUCCCACUGGGGUGCCUUUUCACCCCGAUGAAGGAGCGCCCAGACCUCCCACCUAUCCAGUAUGACCCGGUGCUGUGUGGCAGGGCAACCUGUAGGGCAAUACUCAACCCCUACUGUCAAGUGGACUUCAGAGCAAAGCUUUGGGCGUGUAAUUUCUGCUACCAGAGAAACCCAUUCCCACCUCAGUAUGCAGGCAUCUCUGAGCAGCAGCAACCAGCAGAGCUCAUCCCACAGUUCUCCACCAUUGAGUACACCCUCCAGAGAGUCCCUGCCAUGCCCCUGAUCUACCUGAUAGUCCUGGACACCUGUAUGGACGAUGAGGACCUGCAGGCCCUGAAGGAGUCUCUCCAGAUGUCCCUCAGCCUCCUGCCUCCCAAUGCCCUGAUCGGUCUCAUCACCUUUGGAAAGAUGAUCCAGGUGCACGAGCUGGGGUGUGAGGGAUGCUCCAAGAGCUACGUCUUCAGGGGCACCAAGGACCUGACUGCCAAACAGAUACAGGAGAUGCUGGGGAUAGGGAAGCUGUCUCCCCAGGGGGCCCAGCAGGGUCAGGGUCCUCAGGGCCCCCAGCAGCCAGGACAGCCACCACAGACCCCCAUGAACAGGUUUCUCCAGCCAGUCCACAAGUGUGACAUGAGCCUGACUGAUCUGCUGGGAGAGCUGCAGAGAGACCCGUGGCCUGUGGCGCAGGGCAAGCGGCCUCUCAGGUCCACUGGAGUGGCCCUGUCCAUCGCUGUGGGACUUCUGGAGUGCACCUAUCCCAACACUGGGGCCCGCAUCAUGUUGUUCAUGGGCGGCCCCCCCACCCAGGGGCCCGGCAUGGUGGUCGACAACGACCUCAAGAACCCCAUCAGGUCACACCACGACCUUGAGAAGGACAAUGUCAAGUACAUGAAGAAAGCCUCCAAGCACUUUGAAGCACUGGCCAACAGGGCUGCUGAGAACGGCCAUGUUGUGGACAUCUACGCCUGCGCUCUGGACCAGACGGGCCUGCACGAGAUGAAGUACUGCUGCAACUACACAGGGGGCCACAUGGUCAUGGGUGAUUCCUUCAACACUUCACUGUUCAAGCAGACGUUCCAAAGAGUGUUUUCAAAAGACAGGAAGGGAGAGUUCCAGAUGUCUUUUGGGGGAGCCCUUGAAGUCAAGACUUCCCGAGAACUGAAGGUACAGGGAGCCCUGGGACCAUGUGUGUCCAUGGGCACAAAAAGUGCCUGUGUCUCCGAAAAUGAGAUCGGCAGAGGAGGAACAUGUAAGUGGAAGAUGUGUGGCUUUGACCCUACGUCUACACUAGCCUUCUUCUUCGAAGUAGUCAACCAGCACAAUGCCCCCAUCCCACAGGGAGGUCGUGGCUGUGUCCAGUUCAUCACGCAGUACCAACACUCGAGUGGACAGAGAAGGGUCAGGGUCACCACUGUAGCCAGGAAUUGGGCAGACGCUGCCACCAACAUCCAGCACAUCGCAGCAGGGUUUGACCAGGAGUGUGCUGCCGUCCUGAUGGCUCGACUGGCUGUCCACAGGAGUGACACAGAUGAAGGACCAGAUGUGUUGAGAUGGCUGGAUAGAAGCCUGAUCAGACUGUGUCAGAAGUUUGGAGAGUACACCAAGGAUGAUCCCAACUCCUUCAGAUUCUCUGAGAACUUCUCCCUCUACCCUCAGUUCAUGUUCCACAUGAGGCGUUCACAGUUCCUGCAAGUGUUCAACAACAGCCCCGACGAGUCUGCGUACUACAGGUAUCAGCUGAACCGGCAGGACCUCACUAACUGCCUCAUCAUGAUCCAGCCUCUCCUGUACUCGUACUCCUUCCAGGGACCACCGGAGCCUGUUCUCCUGGACAGCAGCAGUAUCCUGCCUGACCGCAUCCUGCUGAUGGACACAUUCUUCCAGGUCCUCAUCUACCACGGAGAGACCAUCGCAGCCUGGAAGGCAGCAGGUUACGACAAGUUGGACGACCACGAGAACUUCCGGCAGCUGCUGCAGGCACCUGUGGCGGACGCAGAGGACAUGCUGGCCCGACGCUUCCCCCUGCCGCGCUACAUAGAAACACAGUCUGGUGGCAGUCAGGCUCGAUUCUUGCUGACCAAAGUCAACCCAUCACAAACCCACAACAACAUGUACCAGUGGGGACCGAGUUACACGGAUGGAGGUGCCCCUGUGCUGACAGAUGACGUCAGUCUGCAGAUCUUCAUGGAUCACCUGAAGAAGCUGGCCACCUCAAGCUCAUCUUAGAACUCCGUAGGGGAGAUAAGAAGAAAGGAUUCUUAUCAGAAAAAGUCUUCUGUCUAUAGGAUAACCACUAAAGUGGUCUGAGUUGGCAAGAAGGUAGCCUGGGUGCCAUCCGAUUAGUAACGGCAAUGCCAAUUUUGGGGGGGUUGACGGUACAAAUCGGAUGGCACCCAGGCUAGCACCAAGGGACUUCUGUGUACCAUAUUGUGAAACUGGCCAUAUUCAGUCUUGUCUUAGAACUCUUUGAUUGGGAGAGAAAGUUGUUUUUUUUUGUUCUCCCUGCCUGACAGUUAUGUAAUCUUGGCAAAGUUGUUUAGUUAGGCCAUGAAAGAUCUUCUGUGUUAUAAAUUUGAUGUACAAGCACUUGUAAGUAAGCUUGAAUUCUAACAUACCUAUACGUAUGGAAUAUGAUGCUCUGAUAUCUAUUGUAUGUAAUUGGGUAGGCACAUAGAUGUAGGAGAGACAUACACAAUACGUAUACUGAAGAGGCAAUGACUUUGUUGUUGUGGCAGUUUGUUUUCUGUACUGCAUCUAUUUAUCCAUUUCCACCUCUGCCCAAUUUUAUCACAACUGCGAUUCUUCACAAGAAAGAAUGCCUCUGACACGAAGAAGGAAGUAAGGGGAGGGGGGGCUGCAGACAACACUACAGCAUUUCAUGUGUAUUCAUGACUAAGGACAUGUCUGAAACAAAAUGUAUUGUUUAACUGUGUGCAAUGCAGAAAGCACCAGGAUUUGUGAAUAUUAUGUGUUAUAUGUAAAAGAUGCCAUGUAGAAAGAAAGUAGCAGGUUAUGUAUGAGUUUGAGACAGAUGCACUUGCUACUUUCUGUAAGCUUGUACCACAGUGUAGAAUUUUGCAAAGAAAGUUCAACUAACUUUUCAUGUUGUCCAGUAGAAGUAACCAGUGUCUCUACCCUCGAUGUAUUUGUCCAACAACAGUUACCUGGGUGACUAAGCCAUGUUGAACUCUCACCUUAGUGGCUAUUUUACCGUGUAUACAAUUUUAGCCUCAGAAUUAGGCCAUGAUGGCAUCCAGGUGAAAAAAAAAGACUUAGCCUCCAAAAUAUUCACCAACUUAGGCUGCUCAGUUAGCAUUGUUCAGCAUCAACCUGUCUCUUCAGUCCUGUUUGUUAGUCGAGGAACCUAAUUGUUUGCUCUGCAUUAGACUACAUUGUAAAGUAAAGCACACUGUAGACCAUUGUCUCAUGUCUGUAUAGGCCCACACUAACUUCCUGUAGCCAGUCUCCUGUCUUUUAUCAGUAAAUCUAAUGUUGCUC